ACUGAGGAGAGAGACUCCACGCGCAGACAGACAGCAGCGCGGCAGCGCGCGGGAUAACACGAUUAGCGCUUUAUUAGGUCCAACACUGUGCUCUAUAGAUGCAGCACAGGGACCAUUGUGAGGGGAGAGAGAGGAAACACGGAGGGGACACUUCUCGCUUCAUCCGCCACAUGGAUCUGCUUUGCUUUCUGUUGAUCAGCUUUCAGAAGUUAUACACCGGCUGUUUUUUGAAUGCCCGUGCGUCCCCGGUACUGGAGAGACUGUGUCACCGGUUUCAGGUAAGAUUACUCCGCACUUUAUGCCUUUUUUUUCCUUCAAUUUUAUUCAGGGAGAAGAGCUGACAUAAAGCUUGAACUUAUAAGAUAGUGAUCAUGUAUGAGAUAAUGAAUAGGAAGACAAAGUAGCAUUGAAGGUUGUCUGACUGUUCCUCUCGCUGCCUCAUGUUUUCAGAUGAACUGACAGCUAUAGAAAAGAUAAGAGCGUAUCCUCGAGAAGCCUGUUCAUGAUGAAAGAGAAAAAUCCAGGAAAGCCUCAUUGGGCUGAUUUGGUAGCUUCCUUUGUCAUCCCUGCUGAGAGAAACUAGCUCUGCUCUUCCUGGUGAUGAUAUUUGUUAACCUCAGGUGAACUCAAACAGAAAGUGGGCCAAUCUGCUCUGAUGGGGUUUGACAACAACACCAACCGGACUCUUCCAGGCGUGGUCCCUUACAGCCUGCACAUCUCCCUGCCGCUCACCGUGCUGGUAGGAAUAAUGAUCCUGCUCACUGUGUUUGGAAACGUGCUGGUGGUCAUUGCUGUGUUUACAAGCCGGGCCCUCAAGGCUCCACAGAACUUAUUCUUAGUCUCUCUGGCAUCUGCGGACAUCUUGGUGGCAACCCUGGUGAUGCCUUUUUCUUUAGCCAAUGAGCUGAUGGGAUACUGGUACUUUGGGGAGGUGUGGUGUGAGAUCUAUCUGGCUCUAGAUGUGCUGUUCUGCACUGCCUCUAUUGCUCACCUGUGUGCCAUAAGCCUGGACCGCUACUGGUCCAUCACACAGGCCAUCCAGUACAACCUGAAGAGGACGCCAAGACGAAUCAAGUGCAUCAUCUUUAUUGUAUGGAUCAUUGCAGCAGUGAUCUCCUUCCCACCUCUGAUCACCAUGGAGAAAGAAAACAGCGAAGAGGAGCCUGUGUGUAAGAUUAAUAAUGACAAGUGGUACGUGAUCUCCUCCUGCAUCGGCUCCUUCUUCCUCCCCUGCGUCAUCAUGGUGCUCGUCUAUGUGCGGAUCUACCAAAUUGCAAAAAAGAGGACGCGAGCACCACCGGGAGACAGGAGGCAGAAGGAGAGUCCAAAGAAAGUUGCUUCCAACCGGAAGGAGAAUGGCCUGGGCGCUGGUGACGCAGAGAAGCUGAAUGGUGAGCGGGACAUUGAACUGAAAGAGCAAGAGGGGGGAGAAGGAGGAGCAGAGGAAGAGAAGGGCGAGGUGAACGGGAUGGAUCUUGAGGACUCGUCCUCUUCGGACCACAAAGUGAACACUCCCUGCUCCAUUAAAAAGAAAUCGACAAAAAAGAAAACAAAACUGUGCCAAAUCAAACCGGGGAACAUUGACAUCCAAAAGGGAGAGCCAAGCACCAAGGCCAGCCGCUGGAAGGGCCGACAGAACCGCGAGAAACGUUUCACCUUUGUCCUGGCUGUGGUCAUUGGAGUGUUUGUGGUUUGCUGGUUUCCUUUUUUCUUUACGUACAUGUUGAUGACACUGUGUGAAUCCUGCCCUGUGCCCAACACACUGUUCAAGUUCUUCUUUUGGUUCGGCUACUGCAACAGUGCGCUGAACCCCAUCAUCUACACCAUUUUCAACAAUGACUUCAGGCGGUCCUUCAAAAAAAUACUGUGCAGAAGAGACGCCAGGAGAUACGUAUGAUGGACUUUAUCUUUAUGUACAUACUUUGUUUUUUUACAUCAACUGUGAAGUAAAUCUACCAUUGUGCAUGAGCUUUUAUUGCUCAAGGUGUAACUGCUUGGAGAGGAUGAGCUUUACAGGCAGCAUCUUUUCAGAAACAUCCAACACCAACAACGCUUCAACACUGACCACAGUCUCUCACACACACAGAGGUCUAAAAAGAGCUGAGCAGAACAGUGACACCAUGUUUAUAUUGUAAAUGUGACUUUUUAUUUUUAUAAAUGAAACCCACAUAGUGAAAUCAUAAUAUGUGAUGUACUUAAUAGCUGUUUGUUGUACCAAAUAGUCUGGAUAUUUGUUUCUAUUUUUUUUGUCGUAAUGGAUACAGUAUUGUGCCAUUUCUAUAUUCUAUACUGACACUGGAGAUGACAAUGAUGGUAACAAUCAAAAGGAAAAAUGGUUGCUCUUGAAACAAUAAACAUUUUCUUAACCAACUGUAACCAAUUCAAGAUUGUAUGGCAAGUUAAAUCAUCAGGCCUUUGACAGUAUGUCAUCAGCGUUCAGGUCACCUGUCAAACAAACAGAUACACACAAAAACAUUGAUAAUACAGGCUGGGGCUUAGAAGCACCUGUUAUUGGGUUAAAUUAAGCAACAGUUGUGUGAGUUAUUUUGCUUUCUGAAGUGAAAGCAGAGAGUUUUCAGUAUCUGUGAUCAUGGUGAAGAUGUGUAAGGUGUGAGAUUAGGAGGUCAUACCUAAUACCCUUUGGGCACUUCAACCAAAAAAAGUGCAAAUUCACUGCAGUGCUGAGUGUGACCUUUGUGAAGGAUUAACAUGGAGCUCAGCUUUUAAUGAGCCUGAAAGAAAAAUUAGCAAGUAUUAUUUGGUCUUUGAAUUAACAGUGUUUGUGAUGAGACAGAGGGCUUGGAUUCCCUGAGUGAUAAUACAGUUUUAAUACUUCAAAAUUUGUGUUCGCUCAGGAUUGUGCUCGCACAGUCCGUGUAAUAAAUCAGCAGAGGAUGAUGAAUACAGCUGUUAUGCAAGACAGGGGAAGUGAAGAAGUAAAUGGUUCAUUUGCGUUUGUGUUGCCUUGGUAUGCCCCAUUAGGUAAAGAUAUUGAGCCUGUCAAAGCAGAACCUGAUUGACUAGUCUCUGUCCCUCUCUUUUCUCCUCCUUCUUUAAUGGUUAAGAUGGACAAAAGAAUGACUAUCAUUGAGACACUGAAUAUAGAGUGUAUAUCAUUUCCCACUGGAUAGGCUGUAAGUAAAUGCAUUUCUUUUGACAUUCAGGGAGGCAUUUGAGCUGUGCUUUCCUCAGAAAGCUAAAUGGCUCUUCUGGGAGUGUCUCUGUCAGUACAUUCAGCACAUUCAGUCUGCCAUGUGCUCAUUUUCUGGUGGUGGGUUUCCCUGCACGUCUGCGAAAUGUCUUAGAGUGUGAGUCUGUGAGAAAGACGGUGAACGUGUGCAAGAAUAUGCAUGUGUGUUUGCAGUAUAUGUAAACACAGAGGGUGAGCUCCCACUAGACAGACAAGUUUGCUGCAAUCGUGUUGAUCGUGCUGCGUCCAGAAGAUUUUCCUGGGAUUGCUUCAAGAGUAAAUGCAAGCAUUUAGAAGUCAGGCUGAAUUGUGACGGAAUGGUUUCUGAUUCAUGGAGCGCUCUGGAGACAAUUCAAAUAAAAUACCACAAACUUAUGGAAAUCCAUUUAUGAAAAAAAAAAAAAAACUUUAAAUUUGAUGUGACACUUACAAGUGUUAUUCUUAACCCUAACCCAUCACAUUUAUGCCACAAUACAAGACGCUUAUUAUUAUCUGUGAACUAGGGGGUUUAUUGGCUACUGUGAUUUUUUUUCCUCCUGUAAAAUGACCACUUCUGAUCUUGGCUCCAAUAAAAGGUGCACAGUGGUUAAUCAGUGCAAAGCAUACUCAACAGAGCUCAACAGUGCAUUUUGGGCUUUUAAUGUCUUUCUUUAUUACUGGAUAAGGCGGUGGGAAGAGUAGAAAACUGGGGAGGAGGAGGGGGAUAACUAGAGACUUGGGUUGGGUUGGAGUGUGAGACACCUGCUUCAAGUACUUAAGCCCCUGUUCCUCCGAAUAAUGUAACUUAAGAUAUAAUUGUGCAUUCAUCCUUUUGCAAAUAAAAAAUAAAAAUAAAAAAUA